CCUAGAUAUCUCAUCACUCAGCCUUAGACCCCUUUGACACAAACACAAACUAGUGUGUUUAACAGAACAUAUUUUUCAGUGUUGUAGGUGUGCAUUUCCUGUGACCCACAAGACGACAUCUUUGUACUUUUUGGUUCUGUCCAAAAGGUUCUGGCAUCUUGGUCACACUACUUUCUAACAAGAACAAUGGACUACUUAUUCAACAGGAAUUUUCUGCUAUUGCUCACAGUGGGAGCCAUAAUUAACGCCAGAGUUCAGGGGACACUUAUCGAACCUGAGGUCCCAAAGAUGGUUAAAGCAUGUACAGGAUCACACACAACCAUCAGCUGCACGUUUCACACAGAUGUUAAAGGGCUCAAAGUGACCUGGUAUUUUGACAAAACUUCUGACUUUAAUGACCGUAAGAAGAUUAAAGAACUCCACUCACCACCUGGCUCCCAUGUGAGUCAUUACCAUGAAGAGAACGGACGCACUGCUUCAUAUUUGACCAUUCGAAAUGUUACUUUAAAUGACAGUGGAUGGUACUUUUGUCAGGUCACACAGGAUAUUCCUAUACUCAUAAGUAACCUCAGCAAUGGAUCUGAACUGGUCAUUUCUCCUCCCACAGAGUGUAAUGUUGAGGACCAUACAACAAAUUCUUCUACGAUUUAUGAUUCACCCACAGACAGUAAUUUGGAGGACAGUACAAAAAAUUCAACUACAACUUAUGCAUCUGAACCUCCAAAUGCUUCUCCUUGGUGGCUCUGGGUAGCUGUGGCAGGGGGCUGUGUUUUGAUUAUAACAGCUGCGAUCACCACAACUGUCAUAUGCAGAAGAAAAAAAGGUGCUAAAACUUCUAUUCAUGGCCCCUGUUUAUGAGAACACAAAAGAAGCAUCAAAGAGACACUGGAAAGAAGAUAAAUACCUUCACCAUGGCAUGCCAUCAAAAGGAUAUUCACAUAAACAAAUGGAUACUCUAAAACCACACAAACAUGAAUAUGUUCACAACGGUAGAAAACCGAGCCCAAAAUUAUAAAUAAUGGCAUUGGAUUAUAAUCUGCUAGUCCAUCUUAAUUUUAUCAUUCAGCCAUUCAGUUGUAAUAUUGCUGGUGUGGUUAUGAUAAUUGUCCUGUUGUAUGAACCAGUUUAGGCCAAGUUUUAUCUGCUGGACAGAUGGCCUCACAUUUGCCUUCAGAAUGAUUUGGUAUAAUGAGGAGUUCAUGUUCGUCUUAUAACCUUAAGGUGCCAUGGAGCUGUAAUUGCAAAACGGACAUAUCCCUCAUCAUCCCUAUACCACAUUCGUGGUGAUAUGCCAUGUUUGGCCAAAGCUUGUGCUGUGCAUUAAUUAUAACCAAACAUCUCUAUUUUUAAUCAUCUGCCCAAGCAACAUGGUUCCAGAAAUGUUUUGUUAGAUGUUUUACAUAACAUUGCAGACUGUGCUUGAAUAGAGAAAAGAGUCCUGCAGAUCCGUAUAUGUAACCCUUGGGUUGCUUGACGUCUUUCUCAUCAAAUGGUCUGACACUGUGGUGAAUUUACUGGGACAUUGACUUCUAGGAAGAUUGGCAGCAGCCUUGAAUGUUCUCAAUUUCUUAAUAAUCCUCCUGACUAUAGAAUGCUGGGUUUGAAUAACCCUUCCCAGUAUGGUACGUAGAAACAAUUGGUUCUGUAAGAUCAUUGGUGAUGUCUUAUCUCCUUGUACUGGUGUUAACAAAAAAACCUAUGCCACCAAUCCAGACCACUAGAAUGCCAGAAUUUCUGCUUUUAUAAAGGUGGCCACACAUCCCGAUUAUCAAGAAAUCAGUUGCAUUUGAUUAGUAGCUCCUCACUGCAAAUUACUGCUAAUAGGUACGGAAACAGUAAGUAUAUGCUUACAUUUUCGCACAUGGCUUUCCCAUAUGGGCUGAUAUUUUUGGUAAGUAAAUAAUGACACAGUAGAAUGUGGUGUUUGUCACCUGAUGUUAGAUUUACUAGGUCUUAGGACCUGAUGAGGAAGAGGUGAUGUUUUAACAAGUCUGAAUAUGUAAAAAAAACCCAUACAUUUAAAAAGAGGGUGUACUUUCUUUUCUCAACACUGAAAAUGCAUUACAUUUUCAAUACAAAAUCAAUACACAAUCAACACACAAUGAUGAGAAAAGUCACAGGAGAGUGCCCAGACUGGUUUGAGCUCACAGGCAGGCUACGUUAACUGAACUAGCCACUCUUUACAACUAUGGUGAGAAGAAAAAAAUCUCAGAAUGCAGAACACAUCAAACCUUGAAGCAGAUGGGCUACAACAGGAAAAGUCCACAUGUGGUGUCGCACAAGGACAGGAAUCGGAGGCUACAGUGGGCACAGACUCAUUGAAACUAGACAGUAGACUGGAAAAAGACUAGAUGAUGUUUCUCCAGUCUUCAAGUGUCCCAUCUCAAACCAGUCCAUCUGACUGGCUGAUUGGAUAAUUGCAUAAAUAGUCAGGUGUACACAUGCUCUUAUUAGUGUUCAGUGAGUGUAUUUAGGGAAGACUGAGGAUGUUUGUAACACUGGUUAGUAACACCCGCAGACUUUCCUAAAACGACGUAACCACAGCCACAUGACUGUCUCCGUACAUGCUUAGUGUAGCAUGAAGCUCACAACUGAAGAGGUAGCUGUUCAGAAGUUUCAGAACUGUUAAUAAAAUAUAGGUUUAUACAAAUAGCAUUUUGUGAUUGGUGCUAAAAUGGCUGCAUGAACAAACAGUCAUGCACAGCAGCUGUUUGAGGUCAGGGCUGUUUCCUUGCUGAAGCACAUACAUGUGUAGGUGUGGUGUGGUAUGAGUCAGACUCAGAUGAAGUGUCCAAGUCAGAUAAAACACAGUGCUGUAGACUACUUGUGGUUACACAGCUGGUUGCAACACGUAUUUGCAGAGCAAGUUAUGUGUCCCCUCUUCUUACUUACUUACCAUAUAAAAAAAGACAUUCAUAGAAACAUGUAUGUGUAUAUUUUUUGAGAGCCCUGUUUAUGAGAACACAAAAGAAACCUUAACAAGAUAUGGGAAGACAGAUCGAUCCCUUCACCACUACAUGCCAUCAAAAGGAUAUUCAAAUAAACAAACGGAUUACUCUUAAACCACAUAACAAUGAAUACUGCAGCAGACAACCGAGCCCAGUGGAGUAAUGGAAAAAAUGGAAUUGGUUAUUAUCUGCUAGUCCAUAUUUAUUAUAGCUGUCUUUAUGUUAAGUGUGAUAUUCUAUUUAAAAAAAGUGACUUCUGUGCUGUAGUCACUUACUGCUUUUAUCACUGGAAAAACAACGCCAUAGCUCUGCUUUUGCAAACUGUUUAUUUAUAAAAGACCCAACUGAACACUGUGAUUCCAUAUUUGGAUAAAAUCUAUUCACCUGUACUAACAUGAUAGAUCAGGGUUCUUCAAAUCUGAGGCCCACUGUACUGUGCUGCAGAGUUUAGCUCCAACCCUAAUUAAACAGACUCGAACAAGCUAACCAAGGUCCUCAGGAUUACUAGAAAAUUACAGGCAGUUAAGUUUGGGGGUUGGAGCUAAACUUGAAGAACCCAGUGAUAGAUCAUACUUCACUGUUGCCAAUAUCAAAUGUAGUAAUAUCGUAGACCUCUUUGACAAGUAUAGGAUAUUGUAUGUCAACCAUAAACAUAAUUGCUGCAAAAUACUGUCAAUUUCUAUUAUUUGUUAUGCUUAUGUUACAUCUGUUCAUUUCUCAAAAUGCACAAAUAAAGUAAGCUUUGGUUUCCUAGAUUUCUCAACACUGUCAAAACUCAACACUUUUAUAACAGAAUGCUAUUAUAGAGAACUGAUUUCUAUGAAAAUUUCAGGUUCGUAUCUGGUCCUCCACCAGAGAUAUUCAAACUGAAAUUGAGGGGAAUUUUUUUUUAAAUUGCACUUUCUUGACUCCAAUAAAUAGAUAAAUAAAUGAGAAGUCUCAAACCUGAAAUGUCCUGCGUGCACACUACACUAUCCCCCUAAAAAUAAGUAAGACUGAAACUUGAACCCUUUCCAUUAUAAAUUGACCCUGCAUGUGGAACUGUAAUCAAUCUUGAACAUGACAUCUGGACUUAAAUUCUAAGUCUAAGCAACAAGUAUGUGCAAAAUGUUUAUGUUCCUGUACCUUGUAACGU